AUGGCUUUACAUUAUCAUUGGCCAUUAAAGCAACUUGACAUCAGCAAUGCAUUUCUUCAUGGCACUUUGGAUGAGGAAGUAUAUAUGACUCAACCACCAGGUUUUGUUAGCUCUUCCUCUCCUCAUCAUGUAUGCAAGCUUCAGAAAGCUCUUUAUGGCCUCAAACAGGCUCCUCGCGCUUGGUAUUCUACUUUCUCCAAGUUCUUAUUAUCUCACGGGUUUGUCAAUAGUCAUUGUGAUAACUCUCUCUUUGUUCACAGGACUUCCACUACCAUAACAGUUCUUCUGGUGUACGUCGACGACAUUUUACUUACUGGUAAUAGUCCCUCUCAUCUUCAAGCUCUCAUUCACCAGAUGCAGUCUGUUUUUGCCAUGAAAGAAUUGGGUGAUCUUUCUUAUUUCUUGGGUAUUUCUAUUCAAGCAGUGGGUGACUCUUAUUUUCUGUCUCAAUCUAAAUAUGCCUCUGACAUUCUUCUUAAAGCUGGUAUGACCUCUUGUAAACCAUGCCCUACUCCUAUGUCAAUAAAACUUGUUGAUACUCCUGCUGCUAAUCUUCCUUUUCAUCAGCCUCAGUUAUACAGAAGUUUGGUAGGUGCUUUACAGUAUCUAACUCUCACUCGUCCAGAUCUGUCUUUCGCUGUCAAUCAAGCUUGUCAAUACAUGCAUGCACCUACUAAUGCUCACUUUACUCUGCUUAAAUGCAUUCUUCGGUUUGUUCAGAGUUCCCUUUCUCAUGGCUUGACUUUUCAUCCUAGUUCGUUUGAGCUUCAGGCCUUUUCUGAUUCAAAUUGGGCUAGUGACACUGUUGAUCGCAAAUCUACCUCUGGCUACUGUGUUUUCCUUGGUUCUAACAUCAUCUCUUGGUCUGCUAAAAAGCAGCCUACUGUGUCCCGAUCCAGCACCGAAGCAGAGUAUCGUUCUUUUGCUCAUGCUACGGCUGAACUUAGUUGGUUACAAAUGCUUCUUCAUGAUCUUUCUCUCCCUCUUGUAACCACUCCCAUUCUUUGGUGUGACAACUUAUCUGCCAUUGCCUUAGCCUCCAAUCCUGUGUUUCACACAAGGUCCAAACAUAUCGAAGUUGAUUGUCACUUUAUUCGUGACAAAAUUGCUUCCAAGAAGCUUCUUCUUUACUACCUACCCUCUGCUGAGCAAAUUGCAGAUAUCUUCACCAAACCACUGUCUGUUGCUCAGUUUCAGUACCUUCAGUUCAAGCUGCUGGUCACUUCUCCUCCCAUCCGCUUGCAGGGGGAUGAUAAGACUCUCUCUGCAGCAGUCUCUCUGCACCAGAUGGCUCUGCAGCAAGCUCAAGAACUCAAGCUAGUUAGUUAA